ACCUCAUGGACCUGCUUGUUGACCAGGCUGAGGUGAAGACCCUCAGACAAGGACUAUGGUGCAUAGGACCAUCAAUCGAUGUCCUCCAGGCACAUUGCUGAGUAUGAGGAGACUCUCAAGAGCCUCCAUGCCCGCCUUGACGUGUUGGAGAAGGAUGACGUGCCGCACAGGCACACGGCAUCGUCAAGCAUUGAUCCACCGAACCGCGAGCUGGAAGAACAAAUGGAUCACCUAGUAGCGCUCGUCGGAAAUUUGAACAGUUUCCGACAAUCAGUGACCAUCAGCCAGCAAAUAGCCACUCUACAAGCGGAUCUGCGUCAGCUGCAGCAGCAACCAACCGGGACCUACAACAACUUGACGUCUAAACAAUACAAGAUGCCGAAGUUCAGCAUCGACAGAUUUGAUGACUACCACAAGGCGGACCCCAUACGUUGGUGGCAAGGAUUCACCAACGAGCUCUCCAUCCACUUGGUCCCGCCAGAGUCUAAGAUCUCAGCGCUUUACCUCUGCAGCACCGGUGCCAGCCAAGUGUGGCUCAACCACCUGGCUCAAACCGAAGGCGUCGAUGUCGCUAAGCUUUACACCAAGAUCACUUGGGAGGCCAUGACCGAGAAGUGGCGGAAAUGCUUCAUCGUCAACGACGCUAAAGCCAAAGGCGUGAACCGGAUCUUCAGCAUGCACCAAGACAGCCAGCCAACAUGUGAAUGGCUAACCGAAUGGCAGAAACUCGUGACGAUUCCGAAUCUGGACAUACCGUUCGUACAUCUUCGUCGCGAAUUCUUCCAACGGUCGGUUGACACGUUGAGCACGGCCCUUGGGGAGCGCAGCCUGCACACGGACUUUGACCAGAUCGUGGAUAAGGCGCGCGUAGUCAUCCAAACAAAUCGGUGGGCCGCCAACGAGCGGCGAAGCCAACCAAAUUUUGUGGAAAAGGGCAAAGGCCCGCGGCCGCAGCAAGUCGCUGCUGUCCAAUGCAAUGGACAAGAGGACGACCAGGCGCUGACUCACGAGUCUAGUGAAGGAGACGGAGUCAACGCCCUUCCGCGACGCAACAACAAGAAGAAAAAGGCGAAAUCUGUGUCAGCAACGGAAGUCGGACAGUCGAACAAGCCGUGGACGAAGUUCAGCCUCAUGGAGGAGCAAUACAAGCUCCGCCAGAGGCAAACAAGACGCCCGUCCACGGCAAAGCUCAGGAGACUGAGCUUUGCAGGAAGUGAGGCAACUCCACUUCCUACUCCGCUGGACACGGUUGCCUUGCUAACAACCUCCUCCAUGUCCGGGGAAUAUGCGUAUGUCGCCAAUCUUCACGAAGGUUAUAAAGACUAUGCUGUCCAGCUGGUCCUGCCGUUGGACCAACCUCUCCACGUGCAAGAGUCUUAUGCGUGCGCGGCUUCAGCGCCAUCGCCAAGUGAGCCAGAAUCCUCGCCGACAUUACUCGGGAACUCGUCUGUGUGGUCUAGACUUGAGGACCUCGACCCAUUGACACCGGAGGAUUUCCAUUGGAUGCCUCUUCCCCCAUUUGGUUCCUUGCCGAAGCCGCAUUGCAACGCCCUAAUGGCGGAACUAGGCAACUACUUGCACGUUGCAGUACCAGCUCCGUUGAUGGAAGACGGAGUAGGGAUUGUUGACCUUCGCGAGUACAUUGCGAAGAUUGACAGCGAGUACGCCACGCAACGGUACGAUAACGUCCACGCACCGUUACUCUACGUCCGCAUUCAGAUCGGGAAGGCGACCUGCAACGCCUUGAUUGAUUGUGGAGCUACUCGCAACUACAUCAGCCAAGACUUCAUGAUGCGCGCCGGCCUUGGGCCGCGCGUUCAAAGGAAAUCGCAGCCCACGCAAGUCGCGUUGGCUGAUGGUCGUACGCACAAGACCAUCGACCGGUGCGUUGAAUCCGUCCCCGUGUACUUCGCCCCGCAUGCACGCGAGGCCGUGUCCUUUGACAUAUUGGACACAGUUCGACAUGAUUUUGGGCAUGUCUUCGAGUGGGUCGUAAUGCCAUUCGGCCUCACAGAUGCCCCGACCACCUUCCAAGCGGCAAUGACAACAGAGUUUCGCGACAUGUUGGACCGGUUCGUGCUCAUCUACCUCGAUGACAUCUUGGUAUAUAACCGGAAUUUGGACGAGCACAUUGCGCAUCUAUGCGCUGUUUUGGACAGGCUACGUACGACCAAGUACAAUGCCAACCGAGCCAAGUGCGAAUUCGUGCAGCAAGAGCUCGACUUUGUGACGCCAGAAGGCAUCGGUCUGCUCGCGAACAAGAUCAAGGCCAUUCAAGAUUGGCCGGAACCAACCAACACCACAGAAGUCCGAUCUUUUAUGGGAUUGGCCGGGUACUACCAACGCUUCAUCGGAGGAUACGCACGGAUCGCCUCGCCCUUGUCAAUAUUGCAGUCUCCAAAGGUGCCCUUCCAGUUCACCGAUGAAGUUCGCAGUUCGUUCCACAAAUUGAAGAUGGCAUUGCUCCUUGCUCUCGUCUUGAGUAUCUACGAUCCCACCUUGCCUACGAGAGUGACUACGGACGCUUCCGGCUACGGCAUGGGUGCAGUUUUGGAACAGCACGACGAAGUAGACUGGCAUCCGGUUGAGUAUUUCAGCCAAAAGGUGUCUCCCAUCACAACUCGGUUGAUGAUGUGCGGAAGAAGGAGUUGCUUGCGCGUCGCGUGCCAUGCCUGGGUCUCCACGGAGGAGUUUGCGCUUGAACAAGAUGUGUCCCGCAAGCUACUCCCAAAGUGGUUUGGACCAUGGCCCGUCACAUCAGCCGCGGGCGAUGAGCCCGAUGGCCCAUCCUUUGUGAUCGAAAUCCCGCCGCAUCUCACGGUGCACCCUGUUUUCCUUGCCUCCAAGCUGGCCAGAUAUACACCAGCCACGAGCGACGACUUCCCGGGCCGACGAUCGCAGGACCCUCCUUCCAUGGAUGGUCAUCAGGAAGUCGACUGCGUCAUCAGGCAUCGCAAGCACGGCAACAAGCCAAUGCAGUACAAAGUCACCUUCAAGUGGUGCGACCGCGACGACACGCGAUGGAUUUCCCGGGCAGCUUUGCAAGCCUCCGCACCAGAGAUCUACGCUGAUUAUGAGAAAAAACGGCUAGCCACAGAUGCUGCACUGCCUCCCACCCGGACUUCAGUCCUCCCUGCAACAGACAGCUUCGCCCUCGCAGGGUAUGAAAGAGCCAAUAUGCCGAUUUUAUAUCGCCUGCAUAGUCCUGGCGCUGGAGUACCUGCAUGCACGCAAUAUUGUCUAUCGGGACUUGAAGAGAACAUCAUGGUUGGUGCAGAUGGUUACAUAAAGCUCGCAGAUUUUGGCUUUGGCAAGGUGCUCACAGGUGAUGGCAGGACUUACACUUUUUGUGGUACACCUGGUUAUGUGGCACCUGAAAGUGUCCUUGCCCGAGGUUAUGGCACAUGUAUUGACUGGUGGGGCCUUGGUGUUGUUACGUAUGUUUUGCUAAGCGGGCGGCAACCAUUUGGAGAACCCACUGAAGAUCCUAUGGUUGUAAUGAGCCGCAUUGUUGACCAAACAUUUGAGGCAGCAGCACAUCUACACAUUGCCAACGUACCUGCCAACCUUUGGAGAUCAGAGCCGCAUCAUAAGUAUCGCAGUUCUCAAUAGAAAGCAUGUACAAAUACAUAAUGUACUCACUCAACAACAGCUGCUGACAUGACGGCAAACAAGCUCG